GGAAAUACGAAAAGGUAAACAUGGCGAGAGGAAAUGUGCAAUUUGGAGAAAAUCGAAAUUAAACGAUUACCAUGCAACAGGUGGACAAAAAUGAACCAAAAGAACGAGAUUGGAGGCACCAUACAGGAGUAUGAUAUAGGAGAGCAGUUAGGAAGAGGUGGCUUUGCCACAGUGUACAGAGCACGAUGCAGAAACACAGGAAGGGAUGUGGCUAUUAAAAAGAUCAACAAGAGUGAAAUAGCAGCUGGUGGACUUAUAAAUCGUGUCCGACAGGAGGUGACGAUCCAUUCGAAGCUGAAUCAUCCAGCAAUACUAAAGCUGUAUGCAUUCUUUGAGGACCAGAGCUUUGUUUAUCUGGUGCUAGAACUGUGCUCAAGAGGCGAGCUUCAGAAGCAUAUCAAAAGUCUAAGAAGAGUUUUAAAUGAAGAUGAAGCUCGUGAAUAUCUCAGUCAGGUGGUGGCAGGGAUGCUGUACCUCCAUUCCCAGUCUAUCAUGCACAGAGAUCUUACAUUGUCAAAUCUUUUACUUGACAAUAAUGGUAGGGUUAAAAUUGCUGAUUUUGGACUUGCGACACAGUUGCGCCGCCCAGAUGACCGACACAUGACAAUGUGUGGAACACCCAACUACAUAAGUCCUGAAGUAGCCACCCGCAGUUCCCAUGGUCUCGAAUCUGAUGUGUGGAGCCUAGGGUGUAUGCUGUUUAUAAUGCUUGUGGGACAUCCACCCUUUGACGGGGAGGGAGUGAAAGAAUCAAUAUUCACGCGCGUGGUGAUUGGUGAUUACAAGAUCCCAAGUUAUGUGUCAGCAAAUGCCCGUUCUCUUGUUUCGGAGUGUCUCAAGAAGAACCCAAGAGAGAGGAUCAAGCUUCAGGCUAUUCCCCACCAUCCUUUCAUGGCAGUUGGAGGCAAAACUGACAUCUCCAGAACAUCAGACAGUGGGCUAUACACCAUGACUACUGUGGCCACGACACAGCACACACGACCCCCCUUGACCACCAUAUCUGAGAGUGAUUUGUCAGAUACAGAGUCAAGUGGGUCAGAGAACAGACAAGGAGGGCAACCUCAUAGGUUGCCUUACCUCAGACACCCUCCCUCUCCUCCAAUUCGUAUGAAGUCCAACCCAAAAGAUCUACUUCCACCAAAUGCUGGGGUGAUAGAUACCCUGAAAAGAAAGUUCACCCCAUUACCUUCACUGCAAAGAGGAGAUUUCAGUCAUUCUAAUAUGCCAAUGCCUCCUCUGAUUAGACGAGAACGAGAUGUUUCAGAGGAGAGACAGAAGCACCAACCGAUGUAUAGCCAGAAGCAGUCAUCUCAUAAUGAUGAUAAAUCUGACUCCUCUCAAUAUUCCUCCUCACACAUGAGUGAUGAAGCUUAUCAUUACCAUUCAGGUGAGAAGAGAAGCAGCAGGGCCAGGGAUCACAGUGCAAGCAGAAGUCAAAACUAUCAUUCUGCAGGUAGAAGUCCAAGCAGAAGGGAGAGGUCCCGUGAGCGCUAUGGCAAUGCCCACAGAGAAGUAUCAGAUAAUUACAGAAUUCACAGUGACUCUGAUGAAGCAAAGGAGAGAGGAGGUCACCCACGUAGUAGGUCGAAACAGAGAAGCUACAGCCAAGAUUAUCCUCAGAGGGGCAACAGGGAUGCUUACCAUUCAGAGGAAAGGAAAGAGCAUUACCAUUAUGGACGGUCUUUAGAAAGACCUGAAGAAAGGCCCCAUAGAGAACAUUCUGGUCAUAGACAUAGAGAAUCAUCCAAAGAUAGGUAUAGUGAAAGAACCCGAGAUGAUGAAUACCAAAGGAAUAGAUCUAGAGAGAGACAUCAGCAUUAUCACAGUGAUAAAACUAACAGGAGAAGGGAUGAGGAACUGCACAACCAGAACACUCACCCAUGUUGUGAGAGUUCACAACAUAGAUCCUGGUGUAAGCAGAAAGGACGUAAUGAUUCAGAAAAGAAUGUAUCUAAUUAUGAAAGAAAUAGAUACACUAGUAGAUGUGAAAAUGACAGAUGUGGUGCCAGUGACAGGGUCCAUGCUCCAAGUCAGCAUCAGCACACAGGACAUGAACGACCAGUCAGGGCUGAGGGGUCGUCAUCUCAUCGUGAUAUGAAUAUCCUGGGUGACCUUGCUCCUUUUAAGAAUUCAGUUCCAUCUAAGAAAGAUAGUGAAGAUGCAAGACCAGGCCAUGGUGGCACAGUGCAUGAACAACAUCCUGUAACUCCAACAAAGAGGAAACCAGAUUUAAACUGCCAGACUCUCAAGCAGCAAGUUUCACCUCUUUCAUCAAGAAGGCUGAAGCCUAUCCGUCAGCGCACUAAGAAUGCCUUUCUAAAUAUAUUGGAGAAUGGUGAAAUAUGUUUAGAAUUCCUUCGGAAUACGAAAGGACAAGAAGUUGUUGCUGAUGUCUGCAGGAUAUCACCAGAUGGAAUGAGGAUUGUCCUUUACCAACCCAAUGGAGGUUCUGGGUCACAGCCUGGAAAUGCACCUCCACCAUUGCCGACUGAAGGAGCGGAUUCUAUUUAUGGCUAUGAAAAUCUCCCAGCUAAACACUGGAAGAAAUAUGUUUAUGCUGCAAGAUUUGUGAAGGUAGUGAAGGCAAAGACUCCUAAAAUUACCUACUACAGUGACCAGGCCAAAUGUUUGCUGAUGGAGAACUCGCCUGAUCCCGACUGUGAAGCUGUCUUCUAUCAUGGAACAAAAAUCACAAAGAGUGGGAAGAAUGUGACAUUAACAGAAACUACUGGUGUAGUACACAAUAUACCACAGCCAUCUGGACACCAUAACCUACCAGAGCAGCUUCAGCCAAUUUACCUGCAUUUUAAACAGAUCCAUGAACACUGCCUGUAUUUGGAAAGAGUUCUCUCAGAGGUUGUUGAAAAGACUGGUCUGAGUUGCUUUCCAAUCAUUGUAGGGCGUAAGCCUGCAUCAGCGUCAGCAACUCCUCCAAGCAGUGCUCGUAGUUCUUCUAGCCCACGAGAAGACAAAGAAAACCUUUCACCAGUGUCUGUGCAGUCGUACAAAUUGCCAAGAAACGUUGCAGCACAGCUCGGGUCAUUUGAGGGCUCUGUUGCAAGUGUUCAGGUAGGAGGAAACUCCAUCCCUCGACUGCGCGCACCACUGAAUCCCCACAUCCCUCGAAAUGACUCCAGAGGAACAGUGGGCUCCUCAAAACAUUCUGUCUCUCGAGUCUAUGUUCACAACGUUGGUUGGGCGUCACAG